AUGUCCGAAGCUCAGCCUACUUCCCGAGGUGGGCAGCUACCGACGACGCCGAAAGGACAUCCGCUACCACGUCGGAGCUCGCCGGAGCAUUCAAUCACAUUACGAAAUCAUCGUUUAGCCCACGAAGCAACCGAGAAAGCUGCAUUAAAGCGAGCCAUAGCCGCAGCCAGUUCGGGGUCGUCAUCAUCGCCAAACAGGCAGUCUUCUGGCGAGAGUCACAACACUGUCCCCAGCGAUCCCGAAAAAUGGUUCGACCAAAACAACGAAAAUCCUACCACAACAUACGCUGGCGCAAUGGACGUCGACCCCCCAUUCUUCCAAAAAGAGAGCGAUUCAUCCAACGACGAUGCGAAACCAUUGACGUAUCCGACGCAUUUGAGGCCGCCCAUGGACGGACUGAUGGGCGGGGCCAAUAAGCCGAGUGCCACCCAUAGCAGCAGCGCAGACGAUUAUCGAAGCGUAAUCGACGAUUUGACGGUCGAAAUCAAAAGACUCAGGGAUGAAUUGAAACGAUACAAGCAGAAAGGACCGGAGAUGAUGAAGAGGGAUAAGCUGUUCGAAAUCAAGGUUCACGGACUUCCCAAGCGGAAAAAAAGAGAACUAGAGAGCACUUUGCGCGAAUUCGCGUCAGGUCUGGAAAGCAGCACCCCAAGUGCCGAAGCUUCGUCGUCCCGAAAGAAAUCGAGACACACCGCCCACUUGCACUCGGGGUUUGGCUACGCGUCGAAACAUGCGUCGUCUUCAUCAGGCUCCCAUUCGAGGCCGGUCGAUUCCGCAUACGCCUCGAUGUCAACUGGCGCUCACUCGUCUGGCACACACCUCGCCCAGGCAUCAGUCAGUUCCAGAACGAAAUCGUCGGAGCAGAAGGUGGAGAACUACCUGAAGGACAUCCCCGAGGGAUUAUACCCGCGUCACAUGGUCUUGACAGAUAAGGACAGGAAGAAGUUGAUUGUUCGUCGCCUGGAGCAGAUUUUCACUGGAAGAAUUAGCGGACGGAACCUGGCUCGACCCCAGCCUAAGUCCGCAGCGAACAUCGCUUCCUAUGCCCCCAUCAUGGUGGAGCCGACAACCGGUAACACCACUACUCACCAUGGACCAUCCAACGUCCCCCGAGGCUACUUGGAGCCUUCGCGUGAGGCUCCCAUCCUCGCAUCGGAAGGAAAGAAGACAGUCGCCAAAGAUGGUGAAUCGUCGAACUCAAACGGAGACCAGCCAGAAUCUGGCGGCAAUUGGAUACUCACGGCGGACAACAGCACAUCACCGCCUGAUCCUCCGCCACCAGAACAGCGCCCCACCAGACCGCUCGACCUCGACCCGGACCGCACGCAGAACCCGUCCGCGAAUAUGGACUACAUUCGUCACUUAGGCCUCGCCCCUCCGCACUUGACGGCUUUGACAAUCGACGGCGACGUGUCUCCAGAUGCAGAUGGUUGGGUCUACCUCAAUUUACUUUGCAAUAUGGCUCAGUUGCACAUGCUUAAUGUUGCUCCUGAUUAUAUCCGGAGUGCGGUUUCCGAGAAAAGCACCAAGUUUCAACUUUCGCACGACGGUCGCAAGAUAAGAUGGCGCGGUGGUACGGAGGGAACCAAGUUCAGCAGUGACAGCUCAGGUAACACCUCUCAGCUCAGUCGUUCUGAUGAGUCUGAUGAGGCACAACCCGAUAAGCAGGGCAAGAAACGCAAGCAUCGCCAGGUGAGGAAUGGGUCUUACUCCACUUCUUUCGGAAAGAAUCCAUCCGAUCAAUCAAAGAUGGGGCAGCCGAUUCCGUCGGCAGACACCUUCCACUACAAGCCACUUUUCGCGCACCAUUCGUCCUCUGCUGAGCAGACCUCACUGGACGACGCUAACUCGUCAUUUGGACCCGGCGAGGACAGUAACAAUGGUGAGUCCCGGUGGGACGGGUCGGGAUCAUCCCGUCGCAAGAGGCGUCGGUUGGACGGGGCUAUCAUCUACUACAGCGGAGCUCCCUUCUGUACCGAUCUUUCUGGCGACCCUGGCGAUGUAUCCCCUUCGUCGUACAUGACUUCAUCUGGCCAGGAUCAGCAAUUAUCCAGUGCUGGAUUUCUUAGACCGGAACCACCUCAUCGAACCGAAUCAGGCUCAGCUCUUGCGUACCGACCCCUGGUCGAAGGCCCCAGGGCACCGAGUGUGGCUGUCACCACAGAAAAUGGAUCAGCCGACAGUGAGGAUGGUAUAGAGGCCGAUUUUCCAUGGUCCGAUGUCCCUCAAGAUGCUGCCAGGAGCAGAUUGGACGCUUGCGGUCUGGGAGGUGUCAUCCCAGAUGAUCACUUCAUGGUAGUCGCUACCACGAAGAGACAAAAGAUGGAGGCGAAACAUGAUUCACCGAGCAAACUAAAGCCCGAGAACUUCUCUAAGCUGUUGAGCAGGAUCACAUCCCCAUUAGGCUCUUGCUCCCAAUCAACGUCCACGAGGCCCGAAUCUCGAAAGCGAUCACCGAUUAGUAUCGAGUAUACAUCGAGGUCUGUUCGGAAGCUCAACCCCACACCUCUACCGCCCCCAGGAUUAUACUACGCUUUUGACAGCGAUACCUCUGAGACCUCAGAAGAUGAUGACGACUCCGAUCUGGAUGACGAUCUGAAGAUAACGAGUGGUGCGCGAGUUCACGCACCCGUAAUUGAAAGCCAGUAUGAAGAUGGUCAGAUGUCCAGCGGUGACGAGGGAGACAGCGAGCCGGACAAUGGAGAUGACAUGGCAGGGGUUGCAGAGGAUGAAGAAAGUGGCGUGGAUUUCAAGAUUCCCAUUCCCCCUCGAGAUCUUCGCCGCACCAGUAGCAGUAGUGCAGUUGCAGCUGCCGGUACUGCUCGGGGUCGCAGUAAUAGUGCCGAAUUGCCAGUCGCUGCUACCAGUUCAGCCGCCACCGCCGGAGGAGCUGAGAGCGGCUACAGCAGUGGCCGCGAAGAGAGUGGUUAA